AUGCACUUUGACGAAAUACGGAGUCCAAACAAAGAUGUGCAAAGGUGCAGUAGAACCCAGCGAUUAGCAGCCAAUGGCAGGCAAGCGACCGCUGCCGAUCCCGACUCCGAUCCCUCGGUUCCUCGGCUGCUCGGCUGCCAUGGAUGCCCGGUGUGGUGUGCCUCGUGGGCGUCGGAUCCCCCGGGACACGACUGCGACGACGACGACGACGACGACGGAAACCACUUGACGCUGCCAGACAGUCUGACGGCGACAAGUAGCUGCGGUUGGCAGUGCUUAAAUGUUCGCGCCCCGGUCCGCAUCCUUUUAGUCGAUCAGCAAGCCAGGAUGAGCAAGGACGCCAGUGUUAGGAUUUGCCAGCAGCGGGAACGACGUCUCCUGCGGACGCCCAAGUGUGCCAGGUGUCGCAAUCACGGCGUCAUCUCCUGUGUCAAAGGUCACAAGCGCUUGUGCCGUUGGCGCGAAUGCUGUUGCCCCAACUGCCAGCUGGUCGUCGAUCGCCAGCGGGUCAUGGCCGCCCAGGUGGCCCUGCGGCGCCAGCAAACGAUGGAGGCCCUGGAGGCCACCACCACAUCGUCCACCAAAUCAACGGUCAGCGCCAACACAUCUAGCAGCGAGGGCGAGGACUCGCUGGCCUCCACAUCACCACCGCCGGCACAACCACAUGCACAUCCCCAACCACAUCCCCAUCCACAUCCGCAUCCAGCAUCUUGCGCCAGCACCUCAUCCUCAUCCGCCACCCGACAGGCUCUGAUGGCCCAGAAGAGGAUCUACAAGCAGAGGCUACGCAGCUUGCAGCAGUCCACGCUCCACAUCACCGCCGCCAUGGAAGAGUACAAACAGCGAUUUCCCACGUUCAGCUCGCCAUUGAUGGAGCGCAUGCGCAAGCGGCGGGCGUUCGCCGAUCCGGAACUGAACCACGUCAUGGAGGCGACGCUGGGCGGGAACGCUUUGUACUUUGCCACCGUUGCCGCCGUCUGCGCCCCCGUUCUUCACCAGGAGCAGCACUCUUAUCCAUCGAUGCCGCCGACGAUACCGCUAACGAUCCCGCCCACAAAUCCAGCGAUGACCACGCCCGCGGUCACCGCCUCCUCCUCCUCCUCCUCCUCCACCGCCACUGGAAAGAAGCCCAAGCUGAGCUUCUCCAUUGAGUCCAUCAUGGGCAUCAGCACGUAG